AAAACCCCUAAAACUCUCUAUUGCUUUCUUUCUCCUUCUUUUUUUUCUGCAACAAAAAAAAAAGAAAAAAUAAAAAAAAAAGGAGAGGGCUUUAAUCUCAGCCGCAAAUCCAAGGGUUUCCGAUGGACCACGCGGCGGGACCUCCGCCGGACCAUUUCCGGUGCACGAGGACGGACGGCCGGCAAUGGCGGUGCAAGAGGAGAGUGAUGGAGAACAUGAAGCUCUGCGAGAUUCACUACCUCCAGGGCCGGCACCGGCAGUACAGGGAGCCGGUGCCGGAGUCGCUGAAGAUUCAGAGGAAGACGCAGACGGCGCCGUGCGAGGAUCAGAACGGCGGCUUGGAGAUUGCGGCGGAGAAGGAGAAGGUGGAGGGUUUGGUGUCGCUGCUGAAGCGGAAGCGCGCGGAGGAGCCGGCGGCGGCGGUGAGGAUCAAGAAGGUCAAAGUCAAGAAAAAGAAGAAGAAGAAGAACAAGAAUGGAGGAGGAGGGAGUGAGAAGAAGUGUGAGCUGAACUUGGAGCUGAUAAGAAUGGUGCUGAAGAGAGAAGUGGAGAAGAGGAACACGCCGAAGAAGAAGAAGAAGAAGAAGAAGAAGAGUGAGAGUGAUGAUGAUGAUGAGGAGGAGGACGGUGUUGAUCUGACUAGGGAUUUGCCUAAUGGAAGAAUGGCCAUUUCGUCGUCGUCUUCGCAGUCUUUAGGAGGCAAUGUAUGUUCCAAUUCAGCCUCUGAUGUUAGGAUUGGGGCCGAAUUAGGGCCGCUGGCGGGCACUGCUACGAGGCGGUGCUUUCGGUCUAAGAACAUUGAGCCAAUGCCUGUUGGCACGGUGCAGGUGUUGCCGUGUGGUGAUGAGAAUGAGGGGAGAUUGAGGAAGAGUAGGAGGAAGAGGUGCCAUUGGUGUCAGAAAAGUGGGAGCAGUGUUUCUUCGGGUUUGAUUAAGUGUUCGAGUUGCAAGAAGCACUUGUUUUGCUUGAGCUGCAUCAAAGAAAGGUAUUUUGAUACACAAGAAGAAGUCAAAAUGGCAUGUCCAGUUUGUCGAGGAACUUGCUCUUGUAAGGACUGCUCUGACAAUCAACCUAAGGAUGCUGAAAGUAAGCAUUACGUGGGGGUUAAGAAUAAAGUUGAAAUUAUAUUACACUUUCAUUACCUCGUAUGUAUGCUUCUCCCUGUGCUGAAACAAAUCAACCAAGACCAGAAAUUUGAGCUGGAAACAGAGGCGAGAUUGAGAGGGAAAAAGCCAUCUGAAGUUUAUAUCAAGCAGGCUGAAUUCCGCUGCAGUGUGCAAAAUUGCUGCAAUAAAUGCAAGGCUUCCAUUGUGGAUCUUCACAGAAGCUGCCCAAAUUGCUCAUAUAACCUUUGUUUAAGCUGUUGUCGAGAUCAGUUUCAUGGGACUUUCCGGGGAGGUAUAAAUACUUUUCUCUCAAAGUGCUCUAAUGUAAAUGACGCUUGGAUCUCUUGUAACGGGACAGUUUCGAAGAGGCCAAUAGAUACCCAAAAGCCAAAUGUCCGGUACAUUUCAUCGUUUGCAUCAGUAACUAACUGGAAGGCCUGUAAUGCUGUUGAUGGUAUAUCUUGCCCCGAGGAGUUUGGUGGUUGUGGUGACGGCUUCCUUGAUUUGAGAUGUUUUUUCCCUUUAAGUUGGAUCAAAGAGCUAGAAGUAAGUGCAGAAGAAAUAGUUUGCAGCUAUGAGUUUCCAGAAACUUCAGACAUGUCAUUGAGUUGCCCUCUUUGUUUGGACACAGACCAAAAUCCUGAUGGACUUCAACAGUUGCAUGAAGCUGCUUUUAGAGACAAUUCGAAUGACAAUUAUCUAUUUUACCCCACGCUUUUAGACGUACAUGGUGAUAACAUUGAACAUUUUCAGAAGCACUGGAGUAAAGGUCAUCCUGUGAUAGUCCGAGAUGUCCUUCAGACUACAUCAAAUUUGAGUUGGGAUCCAGUAUUCAUGUUCUGCACUUAUCUUGAGAAGGGCAUUGCUAGAUAUGACAAUAACAAGAAUCCACAGGAAGCUCUCCAUUGCUUGGAUUGGUGUGAGGUGGAAAUGGGGAUUAGGCAGUAUUUUAUGGGUUCAUUGAAUGGGCGAACUGAAAGAAAUAGUUGGAAUGAGACCCUGAAACUGAAGGGUUGGCUUUCUUCCCAAUUAUUUCAAGAACAGUUUCCAGCUCAUUAUGCUGAAAUCAUCCAAGCCCUACCACUUCAAGAAUACAUGAAUCCCACGUCUGGCCUUUUAAAUGUUGCUGCAAGGAUGCCACAGGAAAUCCCCAAACCUGAUCUAGGUCCUUGUGUCUAUAUUUCGUAUGGCUGCAGUGAGCAAUUCGUUCAGGCUGAUUCAGUGAUAAAGCUGUGUUAUGACUCGUAUGAUGUGGUUAACAUUCUGGCACAUACAUCAGAUGCCCCUAUUCCUGAUGAACAAGUUUCUAAAAUAAGAAAGUUACUGAAAAGGCACAAUCAAAAUCAGCGGGAGUCUUCUGACCAAGCUAGAGGAAAAAAAGUGAAUGAAAAUUCAGCAUUGCAUAGUCAGAACAAGGAUCAACAAGUGAGGUCACAUAAUGUGAUUGGAGAAGAGAUGCAUUUACGGAAAAGAAUUGCUAGAGAAUCUUGCGUGUCUGCUGCAACACGUGAAGAAUACACGAGGAAUCUCAGAGAGAGUAAUAUGUCACUGGAUGGAGAAUCUGAUGUUGAUUCUGAGGCCACAUUGAGUUGCUCUGGAUCUAUCAAUGGUGAUGGAACAUCUGAAGAUGAGGAGUCUCCUGAUCUCCUUGAAAGCUCAAGUGGCUACAGAAAACCCUAUGUAGAGUCAUGCACUGCACAGUGGGAUGUUUUCCGCCGACAAGAUGUUCCAAAACUAAUAGAUUAUCUCAGAAGGCACUGUAAUGAAUUUUCUCAUAAAUUUGACAUUCACAAGCAUGUUGAUCAUCCAAUUCUGGAUCAGAGUUUCUUUCUAGACUCAAAUCAUAAAAUAAGACUCAAGGAGGAAUUUAAAAUUGAACCUUGGACUUUUGAGCAACACAUCGGAGAAGCUGUCAUCAUUCCUGCUGGAUGCCCAUACCAGAUUAGUAGUCCUAAGUCUUGUGUGCAUGUGGUGCUCGAUUUUAUCUCUCCAGAAAAUGUUAUCGAGUGUAUCCAGUUGACGGAUGAAGUUCGCCUGCUUCCAGAAGGUCAUAAAGCAAAAGUGGACAAGCUGGAGGUGAAGAAAAUGGCACUCUAUAGUAUUAGUUCAGCAAUCAAAGAAAUACGUGAGCUUACUUGUGCAAAUGUAACAAUUAGAUGAUCACAGCUGUAGUAGUUCCUAAGAACAUCAAAGGAACCGCCUUUGCUCUCCAAAGUCCGAUGCGGGUCUUUUGUGGAGACUGGGAAGUAGACUGUAUAAAUGUAUAAUGUUGAACGGCAGGUAACGAGUUGAUGAUCACAGCUGUAGGUUCGAAGAACAUCAAAGAAACUGCCUCUGCUCUCUGUACGGCUGGUCUUUUGUGGUGACUGGAUAGACUGUACAAAUGUCGGAACCAACCUCAGCCCUCCGUAAGAGUCUCAUGUACAGCGAAGUGUAUAUUAGCAUAUUGGUUGCAGUCUGCGCCAUUCAGUGCUUUGUUUUUCUAGUCAUUUCUUGUGCUAGGUGAUAACUUCUUCCCAGACAAUAGAAAGAAUGAGGAUUACUACGUUUCUGUU